GAGAAGUAUGCAGCCCCUCCCGUAUCCGGGGGUGGGGGCAGGCUCAUGCGCAGAACCUGCGUGUACUCCUUCGGCCUGGCGAUGUCAGCUUUUACUGCACUUUAUCGGAAUUUCAGGCAGGAUGUUCCCAGGGAAGUUCUAGCGCAGGGAGAGAACUGUUUGGAGAAGAAGGACUAAACAACAACAGGGAGAGAACGGAAUAAAGGAGGAAGGGUUCUUUGCCAAGUUUUAAUGCAGGAAGGUUAGGAAAAGCGAGCAGACAAAGGGGACAGGAGAUUGGGAAGGCAGACCAUGGAAGGAGCGGUGUCAGCGCUCGACAAAGCGGCCACCGAGCUCUCGGUGAUGGAUGUCUACGACAUUGCGGCGGUGGUCGGCCAGGAAUUUGAGCGCGUCAUCGAUGUAUUCGGCUGCGAGGCGAUCGCCAAACUGAUGCCGAAAGUGGUGCGGGUUUUGGAGAUGCUGGAGGUGUUGGUGAGCCGCAACCACAUGAACCCGGAGAUUGACGAACUGCGCCUGGAGUUGGACCGGCUGAGGCUGGAGAGGAUGGACCGCAUCGAGAAGGAGAGGAAGCACCAGCAGGAGCUUGUGCUGGUCGAGGAUGUGUGGAGAGGGGAGGCUCAGGAUUUACUCACUCAGAUUGCAAAACUUCAGGAGGAAAACAAACAGCUGACAAUGAAUCUUUCCCACAAAGAUGUAAGCCUGACUGAGGAAGAAAUCCUGAAACAGGAAGCUGGGAUGUCAGAAAGAGAAUGGCAAGUGAUGAAGAAGUUAAAGGAAGUGGUUGAUAAACAGCGGGAUGAGCUCAGAGCCAAAGACCGAGAAUUAACUCUGAAAAACGAAGAUGUUGAAGCAUUACAGCUGCAGCAGAACAGGCUGAUGAAGAUAAACCAUGAGCUGCGACACAAGGUGACAGUGAUUGAUGCACAGGGGAAAGGGCUGAUUGAGCAGAAGGUGGAGCUUGAAACCACAUUGCAGACCAAAGAACAGGAAAUGGGAAACAUGAGAAUGGAAAUCGGGAAGCUGAGGGAGAAAUACCAUGGACAGCCCACACAAAAUGGAGAUGACCAAUUGAAGGUACAGCAGCUUGCUUUCUUUCCGAACAUUGAGGAAUGCGAAAGGGAGUAUUUCAUGACAGAACCUGAUAGUGAAGAAGAUUUUCAAUCGGAUAAGGCGCUUUUAGAUCUAAAUGAUCCCAACCGGCCUCGCUUCACGUUACAAGAGCUGAGGGAUGUCCUUCAUGAGAGGAAUGAACUGAAGGCCAAGGUGUUCCUCCUUCAGGAAGAGAUGGCUUAUUACAAAAGUGAAGAAUUGGAGGAAGACAACGGGCCUUCAAACCCCCCUCCUACCCCACAAUUGCAGCCAAAGCCAGCAACCCAGCCAGAAUCUGGUAUCAGGCGACUGAUCUUUACUGCCAUAAUGCCAAUGGUAGCUGCUGGAUUGAUUCCAGAUGAUCCCACAUUACAGCCAAUCAGAAGACUUGUUUCCCUUGUUUAAUUUAUUUUCACGAGAUAAGCGAGCAGAAACUCGUCAUCGAUUGCAGGGAUAUGGAGGAGUUUGGGAGCAAGAAGGGAUUGUCACAGAACAAGGACAAGAAGCAUUGCAACAUCUAUAACAACAGCCCCUGGAUACAUUCUUGGGUUUAGGAAUCUGGAUAGCUGGCAUCUUGUAUCUGAAUAUUGAGAAUAAUUGGAAAGUGACUUUUCUCACCUAUUUAACAUUGAAGUCUGAGUGCAGGUUAACAGUAAAUAGGCCAGCUAGAGCUGUAUUGACUACAGUGGUGAACUGUUGUAUUCCAAUCACUAACCUUAUUUUUGUAAAGGUAAAUUUGUGAUGAUCUCGCAGUAUCAUUGUAGUAAUAGUAUUGGCGUUUCUCGGGAAUGCAGAACUUGCAAUGUUUUACACUAAACCAAAAGGUAUUUUUCUGCAGAUUAUACAGCUGCUGUGCUCUUAACUCUCUCAAAGAAGGCAGUUCUAAUGCUUGCUUUCUGCAGAAUCAUACAGUCUGUUUCCCAAGUAUGUUUGGCCUCAAACUACCAACUGACAUCUUUGGAGACCAGAGAAGGAGAAUGAGAAACACAUUUUCAAAUUUCAGGUUAAAAGGGACAGGAUUUUAAUUUUAGGCUUUCUUAGUUUCUGGAAAUCAUGUACGUGUUGUGUGUCACUCCACUCAACACAAUAAGACUACAGUGACCUGUGUCCAGAAGUAAGAUGUUGUAUUUGUUAUCUUUUUACAAAUCUCAGCACUUAUGCUGCACAUUUUUGUUUGCAGGUCACCUCUAUACUGAUGAGGUCUUUGGCUGAGGAAAGUAAAUUGGAAUGUGCCAAAGUUUGUUAUAACUGCUCAGAGAAAAAAAAAAAUCAUGUUUUGAUUGGUGAGAGAAACAGAGUUAACAACCUUUUAACAGCAGAUUAAUAACCUUUCAUCAGAAUCUGUUCUGACACAAAAUGCAUUGUUGAAAUCUUGCUCAUCUGGACAUCAGUUAGCCAUCGAGGAAAAUCUAGCGAACGUGGCGAUGCAACAUGGUUUUACUUGGAGUUGUUAAUAUCAAUUUACCACUAAAAGCAGUUAGAUCUGACACAGCUCCCCCCACUUCAGAUUACCUAAAGCUUGGCAAAAGGCACUAGAAGCAAAUACUGAAUUGAAGUUUGUUUUUUAUUUCAGUCACAAUUACAUCUCUAGAUUUCUCCAACUUGGAAAAAUUGAAUGUUUAUUAAAUUCCUUGUAGUAUUCUAUAUUGUAAUGACUUCUUCCUGCCAAUGUAGGUGCUAUAGCAUCACUGGUAGGAGAGUGUCCAUAAAGCAUUAUGUUUACAUGGAUAAUUUUCAUUUGAAAUAUGUGUUGAGCCCAUAAUUGCCAUUAGUGAGGACAGUUGCAUAUAGAUUGAAGACUUGGACCAUCUGAUUAACUGAAAUGUAGUUUCAAGUCACAUUUGUGCUUGUCUACAAAUUUACAGCUGACCAUGCAAAUGAUUAAUUACGUAAUUCACUGGUAAAUAACUCCAUGAGCAGAAAUGCCUUGUGACCUUGGAAUUGUCUUGAGUGGUGAAGGAGAUUCUUAACAUUGUCCUGACAUCAUUCAUUUUAAAACUGCAGUUGUUGAACUCUGAGCUGUUCAUGCAGGCCAACAUGAUUUGAACAAAACCAUUGGCUAUUAUAAGUCGUUUGCUGGUAAGGAACUUGAGUAUUGCUGAAAAAGACACAUUUUGUCAAAGCUUUUCACCUCGUACACAUAAUAAUUUGUAAGAAUAUCAAUGCAAUGGAAAACCGCCAUUUAUAUGGGAAGAAAGGCAAGUGCUGAUUGAUUGACAAGUGGACUCUAAUACAGGUGUUGCCAUGGGAAAUGUAUGAAUUAAUGAUUAUUCACAUUUAAUUGCCAGACUUCGACAAAAUGAGUUUUUUUUUAAGCAAUACGUUGGUUAUUGUGAGAUUAGGACACUGAUGCAUUCACUGUGUCCUAAGCUGAUGGAAGAGGUUUCUGCUCAGUUAUUGUACAUUUUGAGAUUGUCUAGAAACAAAUUUAAGGCUCCACUGAAAUGUAUACUUCAAUGGGAUAGACUGCGGAUUCAUUUUUGUAAAUGUAGGUUUUGAUUUUGUGCCUAAUAUAGAUACAACAUGACAACACUCCAACUCGCAAACACCUUUUGUUUUGCCAAAAUAAUUGUGAAGUAUUAAUUGAAGAGUAGCUGCUGAUUAAAGUACAAUCUAGUCUUUUCAGCUGGUAGGCGUCUACAGUGUAUCUAUCUACAAUAAAAGUAUUGCAUUUGCAGGCA